CUCACUAGCAACAUAUUUUCGAAGUGGGAUGUGAGACAUGGAAGGGUACGAGGUACUGAACACUCAGAAACUGAAGCGAAUUCUUAAAUCUUUACAGUCAUACAAGAAGUCAGGAGCAAGCAGAGAGAUGGACUUGUUGAUCAGUUGUAUGCUAUGUAUUCUCUUCACUAUGGCGUUGGUCAAAACCUUCUACGUUGUUGCUGGUGGAAGCAAAACAAGUUCAGGAAGGCUUCCACCGGGUCCUGUCGCUUUGCCAAUAGUCGGAAACCUACUUCAACUUGGUGACAAACCCCACAAGUCCCUUGCCAAGCUUGCCAAGAUUCAUGGUCCAAUAAUGAGUCUAAAGCUAGGCAAGGUAACCGCAGUCAUUUUUUCUUCUGCAACCAUGGCAAAAGAAGUCCUCCAGAAACAUGACAUUGCCUUUGCUAACAGAACCGUCUGUCUCGUUGAUGCAGUCCGGGUCCAUGAACAUGAAGACGCAGGACUGCCUUGGUUGCCCAUUUCACCCGCAUGGAGAAUUCAUAGAAAAGUAUGCAACUCGUACAUAUUUUCCGGCCAGAGACUUGAUGCCAGUCAAGAAAUCAGGCAAAAGAAAGUACAAGAACUGCUUGUUUUUGUGGAAGAAAGUUGCUGCUCUGGUAAACCAAUUGAUAUCGGCCAAGCUGCUUUCAGUACCAUCGUUAAUUUGUUAUCCAACACUAUUUUUUCGGUGGACUUGGCUGAUUCAGAUUCAGAUAUUGCGCGGAUGUUCAAGAGGGUUGUGAAUGGUAUAAUGGAAGAGGCAGGUAAGCCUAAUUUGUCAGAUUACUUUCCCCUGCUUAGAAAGAUAGACCCACAAGGGAUAAGGCGCCGCAUGACUCUUUAUUUUGGGAAGAUACUUGAGCUGUUUGAUCAGAUGAUAAAAGACCGAUCACGCUUGAGAAAAGAACCAGAUUUCAUCUCGAGUAAUGAUGUGUUGGAUACACUUCUAGACAUUUGUGAACGUAAUAGUGAAGAUUUUGAUCGGAGUCAUAUCGAGCACUUGUUUCUGGUUCUAUUUGUUGCUGGUACUGAUACAACUUCAAGCACAUUAGAAUGGGCAAUGGCAGAAUUACUUCGCAACCCAGAAGCCUUAUUCAGGGCACGAGCUGAGCUUGAGCAGACGAUUGGGAAAGGCAAUCGAGUACAAGAAUCGGACGUCGCUCGAUUACCAUAUUUGCAGGCAAUCAUCAAAGAAACCUUCCGAUUGCACGCGGCAGUUCCCUUGCUGCUCCCUCGUAAAGCUGCAGAAGAUGUAGAGGUAGCUGGGUACAAGGUCCCAAAGGAUGCUCAAGUGAUGGUUAAUGCAUGGGCGAUUGGCAGAGACCCCAGCAUAUGGGAGGACUCAAACUCAUUUGUUCCAGAAAGGUUCUUGAGAUCUGAAAUAGAUGCUAGAGGACAGCAUUUUGAGCUUAUUCCAUUUGGUGCUGGAAGGCGGGUUUGUCCAGGAUUGCCAUUGGCAAUACAUAUGCUACACUUAAUGCUGGGCUCACUAAUUCAUUCUUUUGAUUGGAAGCUGGAAGAUGGGGUUACUCCGGAGACCAUGAACAUGGAAGACAAAUUCGGCCUCACCUUGCAGAAGGCUCAGCCCUUGAGAGCUAUUCCCAUACCAAAAUAGAGACUGCACUUGUUUUACUUUCCAUACAUGAUAUAUAUUUAACCGUAGCAGAUGAUACAUACUGUGAAUUGAUCAUUCUAUAUUGUGUAAGAAGAUUUUCAGCGUCAAAUGAAUAGGUAAUGGGCUAUUUAGCUCACCUUAUUCUUUGUCU